AUGCCGCCAUUAUUAGCAAUUCUCUUGCUUGAGGCACGAUUGGAACAGGCUGCCCUCCUGAAGCGCGUCGUCGACGCCAUCAAGGACCUCGUCCAGGACUGUAACUUCGACUGCAAUGACUCCGGUAUCGCCCUCCAGGCCAUGGAUAACUCGCACGUUGCCCUAGUCUCCAUGCUGCUCCGUGCCGAGGGUUUCUCGCCCUACCGCUGCGACCGUAACAUUGCCCUCGGUAUCAACCUGGUCUCGCUCACCAAGGUCCUGCGCGCUGCUCAGAAUGAAGACAUCUUGACGCUGAAGGCCGAAGACUCUCCCGAUGCCGUUAACUUGAUGUUUGAGAGUGCUGAGACUGAUCGUCUCAGCGAGUAUGAUAUUAAGCUCAUGGAUAUUGACCAGGAGCACCUGGCCAUUCCCGAGACUGAAUAUGCUGCUACCGUUGAGAUGCCUUCCAUGGAGUUCCAGCGUAUUUGCAGGGACCUGAACGCUCUCUCCGAGUCGGUCGUCAUCGAGGCCAGCAAGGAGGGUGUCAAGUUCUCCUGCUCCGGCGACAUUGGUAACGGCUCCGUUACCAUCCGCCAGCACACCAAUGUCGACAAGCCCGACCAGAACGUUACCAUUGACCUCUCUGAGCCCGUUGCCCUGACCUUCUCCCUCAAGUACCUUGUCAACUUCUGCAAGGCCUCCAACCUGUCCUCUUCGGUAAAACUGCACCUGUCCCAGGAGGUGCCUCUGCUGGUUGAGUAUCCUCUUGGCAGCGGUCACUUGCGCUUCUACCUCGCCCCCAAAAUCGGCGAUGAGGAGUAA